AUGUGGCAAAGCUGCUUUUUGGUGCUUUUGGGCGCGGCGGUUGUGAACGCUCAGUUCCCCAGAGAGUGUGUGACACCCGAGGGACUCAGGAGUGGACAGUGCUGUCCGUCACCCUCUGGUCUGACCAACGACCCGUGUGGUUCCAUCACAGGGCGCGGACAGUGCGUGUCCAUCACUGUGGAUGCGCGCCGGCACGGCCCUCAGUACCCGCACGACGGACGGGACGACCGGGAACGAUGGCCAAUCCGUUUCUUCAACCGCACAUGUCAGUGUAACGGAAACUUCAGUGGUUAUAACUGCGGCCGCUGUAGACACGGAUGGACCGGGGCCAACUGUGACCAGAGUGUUUCUGUUGUAAGAAGAAACGUGAUGCGGCUCAGCUCGGAUGAGAAGCGUGCCUUUGUGAAUGCGCUGGACCAGGCCAAGCGAACGGUGCACCCUGACCUGGUGAUAGCCACCCGCCGCCAUGCGGAGGUCUUCGGGCCCGAUGGGAACACCAUGCAGUUCGAAAACAUCACCAUCUACAAUUACUUCGUGUGGACUCAUUAUUACUCUGUCAGCAAGACUUUCCUGGGUGCGGGACAGGCCAGUUUUGGAGGAGUGGACUUCUCACAUGAGGGGCCCGGUUUCGUCACUUGGCACAGAUACCACCUGCUGCAGCUGGAGCGAGACAUGCAGGACAUGCUCCAAGACCCCUCCUUCGCCCUGCCCUACUGGAACUUUGCCAUUGGUGGAAGCACAUGUGACAUCUGUACAGAUGACCUGAUGGGAGCCAGGAGCAACUUUGACAUGAAUUCCCUGAGCCCCAACUCUAUCUUUGCCCAGUGGAGAGUUGUCUGUGAGAGUGUAGAAGACUAUGACACCCUGGGAACCAUCUGCAACAACACUGAAACCGCUCCCAUCAGAAGGAACCCAGCAGGAAAUGUCAACAGGCCAAUGGUCCAACGUCUCCCUGAGCCUCAGGAUGUGGCAGACUGUCUGCAGGUUAACACUUUCGACACACCACCCUACUACUCCACCUCUUCUGAAAGCUUCAGAAACACAAUUGAAGGUUAUAGCGCCCCCCAGGGGAACUAUGACCCUGUGGUGAGGAGCCUCCACAACCUGGCCCAUCUGUUCUUGAACGGGACUGGAGGACAGACCCACCUCUCACCUAACGACCCCAUCUUCGUCCUCCUCCACACCUAUACUGAUGCCAUUUUUGAUGAAUGGUUGAGGAGACACAGUCCAGGUUCAGCUGUGUACCCAGACGAAAAUGCCCCUAUUGGUCAUAACAGAGGCUACAACAUGGUACCUUUCUGGCCCCCGGUCAAUAACGCCGAGAUGUUUGUGGUUGCCCCUGAAAAUCUUGGUUAUUCUUAUGAAGCUGAAUGGCCAGGUCAAGCUUUCACUCUGACUGAAAUCAUCACCAUGGCAAUAGUGGCUGCCCUAGUGAUCGUUGCAGUCAUUUUCGCUGCCACCACAUGUGCCGUGCGGGCCAGGUCGUACAAGAUGGAGGGCCACCAGCCUCUGCUUGGAGAUCAGUACCAGCGCUAUGACGAUGAGAAAAGCCAAUCUGUAGUCUAA